AUGAGAUCGGCGCCAGGACCCCAGCCGUCGAGGAGCGAUCCCUGGGAUCUGGCAAGAGGCCGGCGGGGCGCGGGAGUAAGGCGUCAGGAGGAUGCCGAUGAGACGGACUCGCUGAUGUCGGCAAACAAGGCCGACGGCGAGGAUUCAGCGGAGGAUGUUCCAAAGGACGCGGGAGCAGAUCACUCGCCGGGCGGCAUGCACAAGGCAGGCAAGAGGCGUCGCGGAGAAAAACGCGAAGAGCGCGGAAAGGCGACGGGAUCAAAUUGCUCGACAGACGAGGUGCGUGGGAGUGGCGCGGGGCGCCAGGGGAGGUGCGCGGAUGCAGACGCGCGCCAGAGGAGGUGCGCGGGAGUGGCGCGGGGCGCCAGGGGAGGUGCGCGGAUGCAGAUCUCUUGUCAAGGGAGCGAGGGGAGGAGGAUAAGAGCCGUGCUGCGCCAGCUGGAGUGCAUCGUUCGCCCGAGCCAGGACAAGGCCGUGCGGGCAGGAGGCGUAUGGCGAUGGGAGGAAGGAGAUCGCCGGAAUGGUCGGAAGAGGAGGAGGACGAGGAUUACGAAGGAAAGUGCGUCCAGCACUCGCCAGCAAGGAGGCGGCGACCGGGGGGGAAGGCGCGAGGCAGGGGUAGCGAACGUUCUGGCAGAAGAGGAGGAGAAGGAUGAGAAGGUGAGGGACUGGGCCGUGGCAGAAGGGGAAGAGAAGGACGAGAAGGAGGAGGCAGGAGUGUGUGAAUUUGUAGCAGCAGACACUGAAGGGAAGAAUGAGAAGGUGAGGGAAUGGGCAGUGGCAGAAGGGGAAGAGAAGGACGAGAAGGUGAGGGCAUGGGCAGUGGCAGAAGGGGAAGAGAAGGACGAGAAGGAGGAGGCGGGAGUGUGCGAAUUAGUAGCAGCAGGCACUGAAGGGAAGGAUGAGAAGGUGAGGGAAUGGGCAGCAACAGAAGGGGAAGGGAAGAAUGAGAGAGAGGGGACCUGGGCGUGCGUACCAGCAGCCGCGGAAGCAGAGGAGAAGGACGAGCAGAUGGGGGCAGGAGUGAGCGAACUUGCAGCAGCAGAAGUAGAAGAGAGGGACGUAGAGGCGGGGGCAAGGCCAUGUGUACCAGCGGCAGCAGAAGCGGAAGGGAAGAGCGAGCAGGAGGGAGCGGUGAAGAAAGGAGGGAAGAAGGAGCUGAGCAGUACAGAUAUGGGAGGGAGUGUCUCUGCAUACUUCUUGCGCAUUCCACCUUCACAGCCCUGUCUGCAUCAUCCCUCCAUCCUUCCUCAUUCCUUCCUCUUCCUUCCUUCCUAA